AUGGCAUCCCAAGUCCACAGGAAACCCAUGCCGGCAGGAUAUCAAGGUCCUCAAUCCCCCGAGCUCUACUCCCACAGCCGCAGUCGAACGACCUCCUCGAAUAUCUUCCCGACAGCCCAGUAUCCGCCCCAGCCACAACAACUAUACCCAAACAACAUGCAAGUACAUAACUACUCAUCGCGGAGAACGCCGUCGAAUGCGACCUUCUCGACGACAGCCAGCAGUGGGAAUGGCCCUGUGCCAUUUCGUGCCACCUCUCAAGAUCUCCGCCGCUCAACAUCCUCGCGGUCCGGUGGUCUGCAGCCGUCCAGCUAUGUUGCAUUGAUGAGGAAACAAAAGGCGACAGUCUGGUGCGACAGGGCUCAGCAUGAAGACCCACGACUCCUCGCCGCGCAGAAAGCCGCCAAAAUGCGAGCCACGAUGGAAGUCAUCGGCGGGCCAGCAGCAGGUCGGGUAUCAACAAGUGGGUCAAACAGCCUCGCAGGCAGCAACAGAGUCACAGCGAAGAUACGACAUCACGGCAAGGCCGGGCUGGUAGGAUACAGCCCUGGAGAUCUAGUGGGAGGCGUGGGAGGUGUGCCCAUGAGAUUGAGUGCCAGUGAGGUCGAAGGAGGAGAUAGCGACGACGACGCCGACAGUGGGAACAUGGCAUACGGCGGAGGAACAUACCAUCGACGAACUGGCAGCGGGAGAAGCAGUGUCGGGAGCGGUAGACGUGGCCUCACAUACUCGAGACAAUCUGGCGCGAGCUCAACGGGCGGGAGAUGGAGUUCGGGAAAUACACCGCCGAAUGAACGACAAAAUUCAAUGGACGAUGUGCAGGAAGCGGGCGAGACGCCAGUACCUGGCACGCAUCAGCGUGCUAAAGAUUACUUCUCUGCUGAUGGAAACGGAGAUGGUACGCGCAGUGCUGGGAGUGGAAGUAGUGGGGAGCGAGCAGAUGCAGUGGGCGAAUUGAACACUGUGGACGCUGCCAGACUCGCCAGUAACAGCCUGCUGAAAUCUACCGUCACCCGCGAGAAGAGCGUCAAGAAUCCGGAUGAGUUGAGGAGGAGAGGAAGUGUGGAUGAUCGGACCAUGACGUUGAGUGCUGGGCGGCUGUAUAUUGCGAACCCGGACGCGGACAGCGAUUAA